AUGCGGGCCAGCACAGACAGAGGCAGCAACUAUGGUGAUGGGAGAGGGGAUGCACGCAUCAGGACCCACAGAAGCAGCCAUGAGUCUCCACAGAAGGAUGUUGUUCAUUCCUUCUCCCGCCCUUCUCGCCCUGCACGUCCUGCUCCUCCGGCUUCUGCUUCCACCGUUCCCUCUGCUCCCCUCCUGCCUCCCAUGCGUUCCUCUCUACCCCCCGCCGCUCCCACCCUCUCUCCGCUCCCCUCGCCUUCCCCCAACCACUCUCCUGUCUCCCCUCUCUCCUUGCCCGGUCCCGCUUCCCAUUCCCCCCCUCCUGCUCCUCUCUCUCCCCCCCCUGCUCGCCUCUCCCCCCAUACCACUCCUCUCGCUCCCCUCUCCCCGCUACCCCCUCCCUCUGGCUACCCCUGCCGUGUGUGCGGAGCCCUCUUCGCCUCGGGGCCUGCCCUAGGGGGGCACAUGAGGAGGCACCUGAGUGGGGGGUUCGAGGCAGGGGGGAGGGGGGACGGGGGAAGAUGGCUGGAUGAGUCAGUAGGCUGGGACAAACAACCACAUGCUGGGGCAGGAAUGGCAGGAGGGGCAGAACGGGCAGGAGGGAGGUCUAGUGUCGGCGGGAGGGAGCAGAAGCAGCAGGUGGGGUGUGAGUGGGGUGGCAUGGCGGGAGCAGCUGGGGGUGCAGGUGCAGUGAAUGUGGCACCAGUGCCUCGCAGAAACCGGCUGCUGCUGCAGCAGCGCAGUGCUGACGCCGAUCGAGCGACGGCAGCACCGGCGGCUCCUUCCGUGACUCCAGCCAUUACGCUGUCUGAGAAGGCUCUGGCGCAUCUGACCAAGAUGCGCUCCGAGCUGAACAAGGAUCUGCUGCUGCGCAUUGGUGUCAGACAGGGUGGCUGCUCAGGCUUCUCUUACGUCAUGGACUUCGAGGAGCGAGGCAACAUCCAGGAAGGCGACUCGAUUGUCGACUACCAAGGCUUCUCUAUGGGUGCGUAA